AUGUCGUUCUUUCGGUCGUUGGACGCGGUCAAGGGCAUGCCUCUCAUGACACCGGAGCGAGAGGCUGCUUUUAGGGCGGAAAAUCGAGCGGGAGAGGUGUAUACGAUCCACAUCAUCUUCUUCGUCCUCUCGAUUCUCUCGGUUUGUGCCCGGCUUGCUGCGGCGAGGCAGUCUGGUCGGAGGCUGGCUUGGGAUGACUGGCUGUCGGUAACUGCUCUAGUCUUCAUCGUCGGAGUGUUCACCGGCACAAUGUUCUGGCUCAGGUUUGGACUUGGUAGACACGAAGUAGUUGUCCACGAGGAAGACCCCAUGAACAUUACCCGAUUCUAUCAGACAAUCUUCGCCAACGAGAUUAUGUAUCCAAUGGGGCUCGCAAGCGCACGGCUAUCACUAGUGAUAUUAUAUCACCGCAUAUUUGGACUCUUCAGUGCGAGGUACUAUCUGUACGGUCUCAUGUUCUUCAUUGGAGCUUGGGCAAUAUACGCAACUAUUCCAACGAUUGUGGCUUGCAUACCCGUGCAAAACUUCUGGACUACACACAAGAACUGUCUUGACCUUUCCAAGCUAUACAUCAGCAUAGCAGUUGGUAGCAUCGUGACCGACUUCGUGUUGAUACUUAUUCCAAUACCCUACGCGAUGAGGUUGACGAUGUCACCUUUUAAGAAAAUGCUCCUCAUCUCGUCCUUUGUAUUCGGCGGCUUCAACUGUUUCAUCACCAUCAUCAGACUGGUCAAAGUCUCAACCUUUGACUACAAAGAUCCCACAUGGGGAACCGUCGAUUUGAUGAUUUGGACAGGACUGGAGGCUUAUUGGUAG